CAUUUUGGAAUCUGAGACUGUAAUCAGGACUUGGUCCGACCGAGUACUUAAUAACCCAGGAUGUUGCACAGCAGCUACAACCGGGCGCCGCGUCGCAAGCUCAUCCCGAACCUGUUCAGCAGCAUCCUGCAGGUGAUCGCGGAUGCGGACCAUCCGCUGACCGAACCGGAGAUCAUGGAGGCGCUCGCCGAUCGCCUGGACCGCAGCGACGAGGAGCUCAAGCGGCAGAUCAUCGUGAGCCUUCACGACGCCUUAAUCUACGGCUAUCUGCGGGUGAAGAACUAUCGCUACUCCAUAGUUCCCAGUCGCCUGGACCCCGACGACUAUUCCCACCAGCAUCCGGAUCAUCAUCGCUCCUCGAUCGCCGCCACCGCGGAGCACAUUCGAGUCCAGGACCGAAUCUCGAGCGAACCCAGCUCCACCAUAGAUCACAAUCGGCCUGGAGGUCAAGAGCACACCACCUCCAUCACCGAACAGAAGGUCAAAAGGGGAACUCAAACUGCUGAGCCGGAGAAGCAAGCAAACUGAUACGACAAAUUUUCAACCCAUCACAUAACCAACCCAAAUAAAUUACAAAUGUAAUAGCA